AUUGGAAGAGAGGAUUUAUCGGCAGACGUGCCAGCUCCUUCCCUCCCUCCGUAUCACAUCCAUUCCACGCCAAAGAAGAACCAGAAGACUUCCUCUCCAGAAAAAAAAACCCAGAGAUAAUUGGAUAUCUAUUUCUUACAUCAUUUUUCAUUAUCCAUUUUUAGGGGUUUUUCUCGUUCUCUCUUUCUUACAAGCAAUUCCGAUAAUUCUUCAACGAAAUCGUUGGUCGGUUAUUCUCUAACCGGAAAACUCUUCUUUCCGAUUGGAUUCCCGACCAACGUUUCGUUUCCAAUAUCAUCCAUCAUCAUCAUCUUCAUCAAUAGUUUUUGAAAUUUUGAGUUUUGAUUGGUUUAAGAAAAGGAUGAGCAGUAAUGAUCUAGGUGGAGGAGGAGGUGGAGGAGGAGCUUCUUCUUCUAGAAGGAGUUUGAGUUUGAAUACGAAGAAAAGCUUAGAAAAUGGAGUUUCUGAUGCGACUCACCGGAGAUCUAUAUCUUCUCGCGCCUCGGUAGUGACUGCUGAGCGUACAGUAAAGAGGUUGAGGCUGUCAAAGGCGCUGACAAUACCUGAAAGCACGACUAUACAUGAGGCAUGUAGACGUAUGGCUGCUAGGAGGGUUGACGCUUUGUUGUUGACAGACUCCAAUGCGUUGCUUUGUGGAAUUUUAACAGACAAGGACAUAGCCACAAGAGUUGUUGCCCGCGAGCUGAAUCUUGAGGAGACACACGUCUCCAAAGUAAUGACGAGGAACCCUGUUUUCGUUCUUUCAGACACUCUAGCUGUAGAGGCCUUACAAAAGAUGGUUCAAGGAAAAUUCAGACAUUUGCCUGUUGUUGAGAAGGGAGAGGUCAUUGCAUUACUUGAUAUAGCCAAGUGUUUAUAUGAUGCUAUUGCACGUCUUGAAAGGGCAGCUGAGAAAGGAAAAGCUAUUGCUGCAGCUGUUGAAGGAGUUGAAAAACAUUGGGGUGCUUCAAUAUCUGGUCCUAAUACAUUUAUUGAAACUCUUAGAGAAAGAAUGUUUAAGCCAUCUCUCUCAACUAUUAUUCCAGAAAAUUCAAAUGAUUGCAGGAUUGUGACAGUUUCUCCUACUGAUACGGUUUUGAGUGCUGCUAAGAAAAUGCUCGAACUUAAAUUGAGCUCUGCAGUUGUUACAGUGGAUGACAAACCUCGGGGAAUACUUACGUCUAAGGAUAUCUUGAUGCGAGUUAUUGCACCAAAUCUGUCUCCUGAUACAACUCUUGUUGAAAAGGUUAUGACCCCAAAUCCAGAAUGUGCAACAGUUGACACCCCAAUCGUUGAUGCUCUGCACAUCAUGCAUGACGGAAAGUUCUUACAUCUCCCUGUUGUUGAUAGAGAUGGAAAAAUUGUUUCUGUUAUUGAUGUAAUUCAUAUCACCCAUGCGGCUGUAGCCACGGUGGGAAGUAGUGGAGCUGGAAACGAGGUGGCAAACAAUAUGAUGCAGAAAUUUUGGGAUUCAGCCAUGAUGUUGGGGCCUUUUGAUGAAGAUGAAGAUUCCCGAAGUGAGGGAUCCUUGAAAUUGCAAUCUGAGGGCACAGAACCAGGGCGAUCAUCUUCUGUUUUCCCAUCUCCGAGCAUGCCGAAUAUGUUUGGUUUCAAGAUCCAAGAUAAAAAGGGCAGGAUGCACAGAUUCAACUGUGAUACCAGUAGUUUAACCGAGCUCAUAACUUCCAUUCUUCAAAGGCUUGGGGAUGAUAUAGACCCAACGCGUCUGCCGCAAAUUCUGUAUGAGGAUGAAGAUCAUGACAAAGUCAUGCUAGCAUCAGACAGUGACCUUGCUGCAGCUGUUGACCAUGCUAAGCAAGUUGGGUGGAAGGGUUUAAAGCUGCACUUAGAUUACUCAGGUGCGGGUGGCCGGAGGAGGGGAGGUGGAGGUGGAAGUUUGGAACAUGCACACAAGGAUGCGUGGGCUAAUGCAUAUAGCACAGUGGCUGCUGGGGCUGCCCUAGUCGCUGGACUUGGUGUACUGGCUUACUUGAAGAGAGCAGGUUCUUGAUUGAUUUUGUCUACUUGUUUGGCAAUAAAUGAACACGAGCAAACGAAGCUUUGGAAGAAGCAACUGUAAAUCCCAAAUGAAUUGCAACCCCCUUAUUCUUUCUUCUUUUUUUUCCUUCUGUUUUUCAUACAGAAAAAUGAGGAACUUAAAUGCUUCCUUUAAGGAAAGAAAACAAGUAGUCAAGUUUCCUAUGAUUCAGGGUCGAAGAGUCUGAGUUUUGUGAAGUCUGAUCAUGUUAUAUUUUUGUCCAUUUUGUAAAAUGAUGAUAGUUUGUAUCCCUUUCAUAGUAAUGCCGGCUCUCGAAUGAAGUAGGGGCCCCGACAUCUUUUGGAUUUAGAUCAAAUUUGAACCACUUGUUACGUGUCAGUUGUAAUAUCAUGGUUGCCUUAGAUGACAAAUUGUUAUUGCAAUUUCUUCUU